CUGGGGGUGGAGGGAUUAAGCUCCAAAGUGCUUGCUUUGAAGCAGUUUUUCCCUCGAGUUUAAGGCAGCUCAUCCUAACGCAGUUGAAUUGAAUCCUGGGCCGUUUGAUUUUUAUUUCUGAAUCUCCCGUUGCAUGAUUCGCAGUUUUGGGAUCGUGCCUUCAAGAAAUCGAAAGUGAUUAAUAGGAUAGAAUAGUAUAGUUGUUCCUUCUAUAAUUUAUUUCACGAUUUUGCAACAAAAUCUCAGAUGAACGUUUCCGAAAAACGCAAGGUCCAACAAAACGGGUGAUUCAGAGUACACCAGCAUCCAAACGACUUUUUUGCCUUGAUCCCCAGCCGUUGUCUUGCGAAAAAUCGAUUCCAGUUAUCCUGCGACACUGUGCUGUCAAAUUCCCGAGCUUUUGCUUUCACGCUGCAGUGAGAAUAAUUUGGAGUGACUUGACUCGUGGUCCGAGUGCAAUGAGUUGCGAGUAGUAGGCUCGUGUUCGACAGGAUCCUCGCAUGAGCCAAGAUGAUUGUUACCUCCGCUUCUGGCCUGGAUAGCACUCCGACGCUCGGCACCAUCGAGGUGACCACUCUGCUGGGCGCCUUUUUCGGCGUCCUCGUUCUACUGCUCCUGUUGUUUCUUUUCAUCAGUCGUAAGUGCUGUUUUCACUACCGCCAUGCCAUCAACUGCUGCGACGAGCGCCACCUGGCUGUCAAGUGUGUCCAGAAGAUCACUCGCAAGAGGCGUUACGAGAACACCAGCUCCGACUCGGAGGAAGACAUCUUGCGGCGCCUGCGGUGGCACCAACAGCACCAACUGGGCGAGAAGCCUGGUGGAUACGGGCUGGGAAUCAGCCAGGCUAAUCCGCUGACGGCGCAGAGCUUCAACUACCACCAAGCAGGCGCCGGUGCCGACCUGCAGCGGGUGACGGUGUCGCGAGACCCCUUAGCCAUCGCCGAGCGUGGCAAGGUUGGAAUCCCAUCGUCGCACAGUGAGUGCAGCUCGAACGACUCCAUGGAGGUCUCCGUGGACAGUCACACAGGCGUCUUGGGCGGUCUGAGCAAAGCCACAACCACAGUUCCCCACCCGGCGACAGCCUUCCGCAAUCCGUGUGCAGAACACCGGGCCAAGACCCAGGCUCUGAGGUACCAGCACCGGGUCAACGUGGCUGCUCCGCUAAAGCCGGACAAGGAACGGGACAACGUGCUGGUGGUGCCCAUGGUCAAUGCCUACAGCAUUAACAACAACAACAACAACAACUCAAUUACGACCAGCAAUAACCAUCCCAGCAGCAACAACAACGAUGACGAACCCCUAUUUGACACCAGCGACUUGCGCUCGAUCAAGUCGGAUGACCUACUGGUGGGUGUGGACCAGAAGGAGCCGCCCGUGCAGAGGGGUCCCAUCGAGCUGGAGCUGUCGCUGCUGUACGACGCCCCAAUGCGAAAAAUGACGGUGCACGUGAUGCAGGCUAAAAACCUCCCGCCCCUGGGUAGUGGGCAGACCACCCACACGCAGGUCCGGAUGCUGAUGCUGCCGAGCAAAAAGCAGAAGCUCAAAACCAAGAUCCGUAGCGGUGAAAACCCACAGUAUAUGGAGAGCUUUCUUCUGCACCGCGUCAAUCCAGAAGAUGUUAACAACAUGGGGCUGCGCGUGCGGCUUUACGGCUGCGAGCGCCUGCGCAAGGAACGCCUUAUUGGGGAGGCGUAUGUGAGCUUCGCCACGGUUGACCUUGAACUGGAGACAAACCUAUGGCUGCCGCUGGAGCCCCGCAACACCUCGUCGGGCCUGGGUUCUACCAGCGAUCUGUUAAGCCUGGCACGGUCAGAAAGCGCGGGCUCCACCUCGUCCAUGCAGCACGGGGGCGUCUCCGAGUUGCUGCUGGGUUUGAGCUACAACGGGGUCACCGGGCGGCUGAGCGUUGAGAUCAUCAAGGGCAGCCAGUUCCGUAGCUUGACGCUGAACAAGGCGCCCGACACAUACGUUAAAAUGGUUAUGGUCAGCAGCAUCGGACAAGAGAUCUCCCGGGCCAAAACGUCAAUCCGCAGGGGUCAGCCCAACCCGCUUUUUAAGGAGACAUUCGCCUUUCAGGUGGCACUGUUCCAGCUCAACGAUGUUACUCUAAUGAUCUCAGUGUACGCCAAGCGGCACAUGAAGAAAAACGAGAUGGUCGGCUGGUUCAGCCUGGGUCUGAACUCGUCCGGAUCGGAGGAAGUGGCCCAUUGGGCAGACGUGUGCGAGAUGCCCAAGGGCGAGAUGCUGGCGCGUUGGCAUGUGCUGGUGGACUCCUGAUUCGAGCAGCUGGGCCAGUCAUCCGGACGCAGCGGAAAGGCCCUCCGAAAGCUGGGUCUCGCUGCGUUCAAGGACCGGUCCCGCGAGAAGAGCUCGAAGUCGCGUCUGGAGGAGAACGGAGCUCAAUUCCAUGCAGACAACGCGGUUGCACUUGAUAUUGAGCCAGGCCUGGAGCUGGACUUUGUCUAAAGCAGGGUUCGGUGUUUGUGAUUUGUUUUUACAAGGGUCGAUGCCAAAUGACGGCUGCCGUCGUCAAGUGCUUGGCUCAGGAUGAGACCGACCAAGAGGUAGGGUCAUCCGAACAAUCUAGCCCAGACUGGGCAAUAAAAUAUUUGUAAUUUGGAAUCAAUUUGGCACACAUUUUGUUCACAAAAUGUAUGAAAUAUGAAAACUAAAGGAAUAACCUAGAAUACCCAAAUUUUAUACGCAAUGACACGAAGAGUGCAUACCAGUACUCAUAUGUAUAACUACUCGAAAUUUGAAUUUUAUGAUUGUUUGUGAUAAAGAAUACUAUAUUAAAUAUCAGAGGGCCGAAUAGAGCGUAUUUAAGAUUUUGAGUGUACAUUGUACAUUUGUACAUCUGUGCAAGCUACGGAUGAGUGACGAAUUUUUGUAAUUUACCUUUCUGCAUCUUAUAUUUAAAUAAUAAGCCCGGCAUAGGCUGCCCAAAGUCUGUUGAGACUAGCACUUUUUUAUUACCCAAAUAUGAAAACCGAAAACACAUAGGAACAAUUGUAGCCAAUGCGUACGUACAUACAAUACAUCAAACCUGCAACUUACAUACCUAAACAAACCUACGUACAUAUGUAACUCUUGUUUUUUUGAUCAAGAGCCAUGCGCAUGUUCCAGUUUUGAUAUUCAAAGAAAUACAAAAGUAUCGGUUCCUUAGAAUUCGAACGCA